AGAGAGAGAGAGAGGGAGAGAGAGCGAGAGAGAGAGAAAGAAAAUAAUGAUAAUAUAAAAUAAUCGAUGCUGACGUACAGUUUCAAUUUUGAUUAUCUCGAAAGAAAACGUCAAAUGAUUCAUAAAUAGAAAGAAUAAACGAUGAGAUGAAAUUUUUGUUUUAUUUUUUUAAUUAAAAAAUUUUUAUCAUCCACAAGUGAUGAGAUUCUUUAUAUUUUAUUUGUUUAUUUAUUUAUUUAUUUAUUUAUUUAUUUAUUUAGAGAGAGAGAGAGAGAGUGAGAAAAUAAGAAAGAGACAAAUCGCACUUGAAAAUAUUUAUUUAAUGACACACGCUGAUCGUUUUAUCGCGGUAUCAUUUCCGUGAAAUACCGCAGUAUCCUUCCUUUUAGCUCGUUAGUCAUUAGCCGUAUGUGAAAGUUUUUUCAACGGCCUCGGAAUAGUUUUCGCCGAUGCGAACAAAACGUUGCUAAUUAAAACAAUUAUGAGUCGUUUAGACGUUGCAAUCGUCUUCCCUGUACAAAACGUGUAUUAUCUUUUUCUAUUAUUUUUUCUUCUUCCUAUCAUCGUUAUAUUAGUGUCAGCCGAACAGAAAAAGGAUCCAGAUAGUCUCUGUGCCUUACAAGAGACAUGCGGGAAAUGUUUGCAAACGUCAAAUUGUGUAUGGUGUUCGACAAAUGCUUUCGGAACGAACGGACAAAUAGUACGUUGCUUAACAAGAGAUAAAUUUCAAAGGGAAGGUAAUUUAUGGUGUAAAAGUUCCGACGUGAUUGAUAUCAAAAAUACGAUGACUAUUUUGGAAAAUCGUCCAUUGUCAUCUUUGAAAGGACAAAAUCCGGUUCAGAUACAACCGCAACGAAUAAAAUUACGUUUGAGAAGAGACGAGGAAUAUCGAAUUAUAUUGAAAUAUACCCAAGCAGAGGAUUAUCCCGUUGAUCUAUAUUAUCUUAUGGAUUUAUCUGCCACAAUGAAAAAAUACAAAGAGAAAUUGUCUGAAUUGGCAUUGAAAUUAGAACAGGCUAUGUGGAAAUUAACGUCGAAUUUUCGUCUUGGUUUUGGAAGUUUCAUCGACAAAGUUGUCCUACCGAUGAGUAAUACACACCCGAAAUGGUUGAAAAAUCCCUGUUACCCUCAAUCGAAAUGUGCACCUACGUAUGGAUUCAAACAUCAGUUGUCUCUUACAGACAAUGUAACACUCUUCAAGAACAAAGUGAAGGAAAUACCGGUUUCCGCAAAUAUCGACUUUCCCGAGGGUAGUUUAGAUGCUUUAAUGCAGGCAAUAGUUUGUACCAAUGAAAUUGGAUGGCGUGAGAAGGCUCGACAUUUGCUCGUUCUUUCGACGGACGCGACUUAUCACAUAGCAGGAGACGGGAAAUUGGCCGGUAUAGUCGAACCAAACGAUUGUCAAUGUCAUUUGGACGAAGAUGGAUAUUAUAGUUAUUCGUCUCUUCAAGAUUAUCCGUCCAUUGCUCAGAUCCAUAAAAAAUCACGAGAGCAUAAUAUUAAUAUUAUAUUUGCCUUGCCGAAAAAGAAACACACUCAGAUUUAUAAGAUUUAUGAACAUUUAAGUAAAAUCAUCAGUGGAUCGUCCAUCGAUACGAUGGAGGGCAACGGUCAAAAUAUCGUUGCCCUUAUCAGCAGACAAUAUGAGCAAUUAGUGAGUUCCGUGUCGAUGAUGGAUAAUAAAUCGAGCAUUAUCGACGUUAAAUACUAUUCGCGAUGUUUGAACGCAACCGAAAAAUUAAUGGAAAGAAACGAAUGCGAUGGAUUACGUGUAGGUAACGUAAUCGAAUUCGAGAUAGUUCUGAAGGCGUACGAGUGCCCGACGAGCCCUCUUGAACGGCAAGAAUUAUUGCAAAUAAAGCCACGAGGAAUAAACGAGCGACUGAUCGUCGAAAUAGAAAUUAUUUGUGAUUGUCCUUGCGAAAGGAAAGAAAAUAUUGAGUUGAAUUCAUCGGAAUGCAAAGAAAGAGGCACGUUGACUUGCGGUACGUGCUUUUGCAACGAAGGUUUUUACGGUAAACAAUGCGAAUGCGAGGGACAUGAGUUCGGUUCGGUUAGUCAGAACUUAACAGAAGAUUGCAAGGCAAGCAACACGAGUACCGAGAUUUGCAGCGGUCACGGAACUUGCAAAUGUGGUGUAUGCAAUUGCGCGAAACGCCAGAACCCGCAGGAAGUCUUUUAUGGGAAGUACUGCGAAUGCGAUAACUUCUCUUGCAAACGAAGCGGAGAUGAGGUCUGCGGCAAACACGGUAAGUGCGAAUGCGGUAAGUGCAAUUGCCGGCCAGGUUUUAGCGGCGAAACCUGUGAUUGCAAAGAGACCAACAGCACGUGUAUUCCGCCCUCGAGGGAUAUUGCCGAGGAAAGCUUGACGAUUUGCAGUGGCCGCGGCGACUGCAUCUGUGGAAAAUGCCACUGUCACGAGAAGGAUAAGAUUCGAUAUUCUGGGGAUUUUUGCGAGGAGUGUCCGAAUUGUCCCGGUCAGAGAUGCGAGGAAUUGAAAGAUUGCGUCGAAUGUAUGGCUUAUGGACUUGGUCCAUUGGCAAAAAAUGGAACUUGCGAUUGUUUAUAUCGAAUCGACAUUGUAGAUAUUGUAAAAGAAGAUCCUGAAAAUGAUUAUAAAUCGGAUGCUCACUUUUGUCGUACCGACGGUGAUCAAGGUUGUUUCUUUCUUUUCAAAUACGCUUACGUAGGAAAAAAUAACAUGAUAAAGAUUUUAGUGCAAAAGGAGAGAGAAUGUCCAGUACCAAUCAACGUAUUAGGCGUUACAUUGGGCGUCGUAAUGGGUACGAUAUUUCUAGGCUUAUUGAUUAUUUUAAUAUGGAAGAUAUAUACUAUGAUUCACGAUAAGAGAGAAUACGAAAAAUUUCAAAAAGAAUGUUUAUUGGCCAGAUGGGAUCGAGGUAACAAUCCUCUCUACAAGCAGGCAACGUCAACUUUUAAGAAUCCUACGUUCAACGAAAAUAUAUAGAGUGAUAUAAUGAUAGAAUAAAUCGAUAUCAUUUAAUAGUCAAUGUUAGUUUAGAGAAGAAGAAAAAAAGAAAAAGAAAAAAUUAAUUGUAAUCAUUUGAAAUUGUUGUAUACAUUUGUUGUCCAAUUGUAUACAUUAGUAUACAAUUGUUAUCAACAAACACACAUACACACACAUAUUAUAUAUACAUAGAUAAUAUUGCAUAUACAUAGAGUUAUAUAUCGCAUAUAUGCAUGCGAGUUUGGUGCAUUCCGACAACUAGCGCCACCGUAUUGGAAGCAGAACUGCAAGAAGAACUGCAGGCGCCAUGUUGUUUAAUUGACGACUAAUGAGCGAGCCAAUCAGGCGACGACGCUGAACGUCCUCGACUUCGUCUCUCGCGUUAAACGAGCAAGACUCUUUUCUUC